GUAACUUUACAAUGUAAACGGUGUUGUGUUUACAUUUGUGAAAAUUGUAGGUGUCAAACGUAUUAAAUUGGAAAUACUUUUUUUUUUUGAAAGUUUAUAUAGCGAUAAACAUGACCGACUGAGCAGGUUUAAAGUUCAUAGUAUACGUGACAUUUAAAAUGGGUUGACUUUUCAGAAAUAAUCACUGUUGGCGAUUAAGAGAAAGCAGACUACAUUGGACGAGCACCAGUCAUUUCAUUUGACUCCCACAGUGUUAGGACCCUUGUGAAUGGAAGCGUGUGAUGGAUCUUCACUUGGAUGGCUUCCUUGCACAGGGCAUUGUAGCCCCAGACACCAUGGUGGACGAGUAUCAAUGUGAAAUAAUAGCCGGUCGCAACCUGGGGCUAGGAAGCCAACCCCCGGAAGAGGAAGCCAGAACUGAUGAAACAGGCUCCCCCCUCCCUGAAACUUCACCCCCAGCAGCAGAGGAGAGCUCUGCACGCAGCUUGCGCAAUAACCUGUGUAACCCGGCCGGGGAUGCAGAAGAAUCAGACUCCUUCAGUCUCAUUGAGCCCCCUCCUUUGGACUGGAGUGAGUCUGGAAGCCUGGAUUCCUCCACUGACAGUGUGGGCUGCUCUGUCCUUGAGGCAGACAGGGGUGGCAUCUCCCUUAAGGCUGAAAUGGAUUUACUGCCAGAUCAAUUUAGCCAGCUGGAGCCACUCCCGGACCUUGGGUUGGACCUGUCUGGCACUGUGGCCACAGAUCUCCACAGAGGCGGAUUACAGCAGAGCAAUGAUGAACAAGAGGACAGGUUGGCAGGCUGUGAAGAGGAAUUGGAUACUAGUGGGGAUUAUAAGCUAGAAGAUGAAGACCACAGCCAGAUCCAGGUGCUUCUAGCCAGGCUCCAAACAUACAGCCAGCCCCCAGCGACUCGUUCCCUCUCCCACUUCCCCAGCGUGGGGGAACGGGUCGACUCUGCUGUAGAGGACUUGGUUUCAAGCGUAGCGCUGAGCGGGAGGCUUGAAGCAAGAGACUGCAAUCCACAGAGAGACAGGAACAGCGGGCUGCUCUUCUCUGAGGCAAACCAGAGAGACCUGUUGAACCUCUUGGAUGAUGGUGGGCUGGAGGAGGAGAGAGUGGCGAGAGAGGAGCGAGCCCCUCCUCCAGCACAGUACAAGGCACAGGGCAGCGAGGUGGACUCUGUGGUGAGCAUCACUUAUGGCGAGGCGGAUGGGGGAUUUGGAGAGAGGCAUGAAAAGAACUCUCUUGGGCAUGGCCAACCGGCUGGAGCAGAGGUCAGCAUGUACCCCUGCAGCCCUGAGGAACUGCUGGAGCCAGUUUGGAUGAAAACGGGCAACUCCUCGAUGCCAGAGGAAGAGCAGCAGCAGCAGCAAGCACAGGCUGAGGAGACUAGUAGCAAGAACUGUCCAGCUUACAAGGAAGUGCCUGGUCCCUGUGACCCAGAGGAUCUGCUGGAUGGAGUGAUCUUUGGGGCAAAAUAUCUGGGCUCCACCCGACUCCUCUCCGUUAAGAACCCCUCUACCAGCACCCGCAUGGCACAGGCUCAGGAAGCCGUUGACAUGAUUAAGGCUCCUGAGGGAGAGUCCCAGCCGAUGACAGAGGUGGAUCUCUUCAUUUCCACCAAGAGGAUCAAGGUGCUCAGCGCGGAUACGCAGGAGGCCAUGAUGGACCACUCUUUGCAGUCGAUCUCUUACAUUGCCGAUAUCGGCAGCAUCCUGGUCCUGAUGGCUCGCAGGAAGCUGCCAGGCCGGCGCGCUGCAGAGGGAGAUGGGGAGAGGGAAGCAUCCUGCUCACCAGCCCAGAAGAAGUGCUGCAUGAUCUGCCACGCGUUCCACUCCGAGGACGCUCAGCUCAUGGCUCAGGCAAUUGGCCAGGCGUUCAGCGUUGCCUAUCAGCAGUUCCUGCAGGUGAACGGCAUCAAGCCCAGCGAGCUGCAGCCUAGCGAGUACAGCGACUACCUGGGGACUCAGGAGCUCUACAACGGGGACCUGGUGCACUUCUCCCGCUCUGAGAACAUCCGCCAGGUGUGCAUUGAGAAAACUCGUGGGGAGAUCCUAGGCCUGGCCAUCGUGGAGUCUGGGUGGGGUUCCAUACUGCCCACAGUGGUAGUAGCUAACCUCCUCCACGGGGGGGCAGCAGAGCGCUGUGGGGAGCUCAGUAUCGGGGACCGAGUUAUGUCUGUCAACGGCACUAGCCUGGUGGGGCUGCCCAUCACCACCUGCCAGAGCAUCAUCAGGGAUCUGAAGAACCAGACAGAGGUGAAGCUCAGCAUUGUGCACUGCCCCCCUGUUACCAUGGCGAUCAUCAAACGGCCGGACCCCAAGUACCAAUUGGGUUUCAGUGUCGAGGAUGGAAUUAUCUGCAGUCUGAUGCGGGGUGGCAUUGCGGAGCGAGGCGGGAUUCGUGUGGGGCAUCGCAUUAUUGAGAUCAACGAGCAGAGCGUGGUUGCCACACCGCACGAGAAAAUCAUCCAUAUCCUGACCCAUGCUGUGGGAGAGAUCCACUUGAAGACCAUGCCAGCCUCUACCUACCGCCUCCUCACAGGUCAGGAGCAGCCUCUGUUUCUGUGAAGGCCCCCAGAAGCUGAUGCAGGCGUAGGGAGCAACACAGCCCAGAGGGAAGAGCCCAACACUGGCAUGAAUUCUCACCUAUGUCCCCUGCACAUUCAAGCAGGGUACUCCAUUGUGCCUUCUGCUGUAACCUCAUCACGUUAAGUGCUGGCUGUUAGGCUGCGGGAUAUUGCAUGGGAAUAUCCUCAUUUAUUUCAUGCACUGAACUUGUCUUUGCAUCUUUUUUUUCUGUCUAUUCCUCCAAAGGCACCAGACUGUGAACCUGCCAGCAGUACUUGUUGAGAGAUGUAUGGAGCUCAUCCAUGCUGUAGUAUUGCACUCUCUUCAUGCUAUUAAAGGAAU